GUGUGCAUUUAACCAUAGUUAUGUUUAGACAGGUAACCACAAGACAGAGACGACCAGAGACUGGUAAAGGUUUAGGUGGUUUACCGUGCCAUACAGGUGCUCGUCUGAUUUAUUUGUGAUUUCAAAUAACUUAUAUCGACUGGUUCGUGUCUGCGAUAUAAUGACUAUCGAUUGGAUUUUUACAUUUUGGAAACAGGAAAUGGAAUGAAGUGUAUCCUCUGGAUCUGAUAUGAACAAUGAAUAGAUCUGUCAGCUUAAUUUUCUUGCAGCAAUUGUCCAACAAAUUUCUGAGAGGGUAAGGUAGUUUUAAAAUUUUAAAGUCAAUCCGUGCGAAAAACACGGCAAGUAAUGACCUGAUUUCUGAAGCGACUUUGCAAUUGAGCUCCCACAAAACAAUUUGCCUUGAUAAUUCCAAAACAAAAAUCACCGGAUACAAACAAAAAGGAAAAGAAGAAGAAUUGCAAGUGACUGCAAAAAGAAAUUCAUUCGGCAAACUCUGAGUAACAGAUCUGUAAAAAUUUUCUCUUGAAAUGUUCUCUUUUGCAUAUUUUUUGUGUUAACUGACGACAUUUCAAUAAUUGUCACAAAUUUUAGGAUAACCCGAGAUAUCUAAUUUGACACUAUGGAAACAGGAAAUGCAAAUCAUGUAUGUGCUAUGUAUGUAGCUAUGAAUGUAAACGGCUUUCUCAAAAAGCAGUAGCAAGCAAAAAAAGUAUCCGUAUUGUGUGAAGUAAACUUUUAUCGAGACUUCAUACAUUGUAAUCUAUUACUUCGACAUAUAUUUCUAAAUUCCAUACGCACGCAUUGUAACUCCAGUUUUAAGGAAAUAACUUAUUUCAUUUAAACAAAAAUGUUUUUUUUUUUUUGUCGCACACUUUUUAUAAAACUGCCGAUAACAUAUUAACAUUUCAAAAGAACUUCCGCCAGCUUCUGAUAUGAAUAUUGUAUAAAAUGCUUACCGCAAACACCCACCUGACAUCACAAUUAACUACACCAUUCCAUAGGUAUAAUGUUGAGGGGCUUUGUAUUUCGAAAAGUGUAUUUAGUACUAAUCUUGAUUCUCAACUCCAAAGUGGACGCCAAUGCCGAUGUUGUCGUUGUCGACGAAAAUUUUACCCUCAACUCAACUGAAAAUGCUUUGGAAAAUCCCGAAGAAACUGGUCCCUAUAUAGAGGGUGACAUAAAGGACGAUAACAAUAUUUAUAGGACACUGUCAUUUCAACGCAAUGGUAUAAUAAAUCCUUCCCUGCGAUGGCCCAAUGGUAUAGUGCCCUACAUUGUUCAAGGCUCGUACUCGCCUCAGCAGCUGGACAUUAUUAAUCACGCCUUUAACGAGUAUCAUAAGAAGACUUGCAUACGCUUUAAAAAGCGCACCAUUGAACGGGAUUACAUCGUUAUUAGCAACAAAGGUGAGGGCUGUUGGUCAAGCGUGGGCCGUAUGGGUGGCGAACAAGUCGUUAAUCUAGAAAGUCCAAAAUGCUUUUCCAACUAUGGUACGACUAUUCAUGAAUUGAUGCAUGUCUUGGGCUUCUAUCACGAACAGAAUCGCUACGAACGUGACAGCUUCGUACGCGUACUGGAGGACAAUGUCAAGACCGGUAUGAUGGCAAAUUUCCAAAAGCUUCCGUUUGCAUUGGCGACAACGUUUGGAGUCAACUAUGAUUACGCCAGUGUAAUGCAUUACAGAUCCACCAGUUUCUCGAAAAAUGGCAAACCCACUCUGGUGGCCCUCAGGUCUUCACCUGACGCCUCGAAGAUGGGUCAGCGCAAAGGCUUCUCCCCCGGUGACAUAAAAAAGAUCAAUUUAAUGUACAAGUGCUAUUGAAAAUAUGUAUUUAUAUAUGUAUAUGUUUGUAUAUUUAUUAAAAUACAACAACAAUCCUUAAAAACAAUUGUAUUUGUGGUUAAAAGUUACUAAACGUUUUAAUGAGUGGACAAGGAUGCGAUGCAAUGACUU